UACCAGAAGAGAAGUCUAAUGAAACGUGAAGCUGCCAUGGCAUUCCCUAUGGGAGCCCUGGUGACCACAUCAUGGCUCUUUCUUGUUGCAUUAGUUCCACUUCCUAAUGUCCAUGCAAACUCAUGGUCACAUGCAGCUCAUAACAUGGUUGGAAGACGUAACAAGAUGGUUAGCAUAAGCCCGAAUUCCCCUGACCGCGUUUCUUGGCCUGGCCCAUGGGCGAAAGCCCAUGCUACGUUCUAUGAAGGAGGCCCUCGAUCAUUUGGAGGAGCUUGUGGGUACAAGGAUGUGGUGAAAGAAGGUUAUGGGCUUGACACGACAGCAUUGAGUUCAGUUUUGUUCAAAAACGGGCAGACAUGUGGAGCAUGUUACGAGUUGAAAUGUGUAGACUCUCCUCAGUGGUGUAAGGCAGGGCAACCCUCUAUUUUUGUGACGGCAACAAACCAUUGCCCCCCUAAUUUUGAUAAACCAGGUGAUGAUGGAGGAUGGUGCAACCCUCCACGCCAGCACUUUGAUUUAGCCAAACCUGCAUAUCUCAAAAUUGCACUCUACAAAUCUGGCAUCGUCCCAGUCCAAUAUCGCAGGGUACCAUGCAAGAAGCAAGGAGGAAUUCGGUUCACGAUAAAUGGGAAUCCGUACUUCAAUCUAGUACUGGUGUGGAAUGUUGGAGGAGCUGGGGACGUGACAGCAGUGCGGGUGAAGGGAAACAAAAAGGUCAUAAAUUGGACAAAUAUGAAGAGAAAUUGGGGUCAGAAAUGGGAGAGUACGGACAUGUUAGUGGGAGAGAAAUUGACGUUCAGUGUCAGAGCCAGUGAUGGUAGGUUCUCUGUUUCACGCAACGUUGUUCCCAGCAAUUGGAAGUUUGGUCAAACCUUUCAAGGCAAAAACUUCACAUAAAACUUCUUCCUUCACUACUUAGGAAUUAAACUUGAUUAGGACGAAAUUUGACAUGUAUGAAUAAUUUUUUUUCUAAUUUCAUUUUAUUAGUAGAUGUUACGGCAACGUGAUGAAGUUUAUCGUUUUUCUUCA